AUGCAGUAUGCUAAUGGUGGCGAUCUUCAAAAUUAUCUUAAAAAUAAUUUUAAUAAUUUAACUUGGUAUAAUAAAAAAAAAUUAGCAAUUCAAAUUGCAAAUGGAUUAAAUUACUUGUAUAAUGAAGAUGUUUUGCAUAGAGAUUUUCAUUCCAAGAAUAUUCUUAUUCACAACAAUAAUGCCAAAAUUACAGAGUUUGGUACUUCAAAAAUUAGAAAUAAUUCUACUACACACAUCGGUCCUUGUGAACCUGAGCAAAGACCAACUAUUACAGAAAUAUUGGAAGAAUUCUCAAAGAUGAGUUUAAUAAAUAAACCGAUUAAAAGUAAAGUCAUACAUUUUGAUGAGUUAAUUGAUUUAGAACCACUUGGAGAAGGCGGCUUUGGUAGUAUCAUAAAAGCAACUAGGUCAAAAACAAAUAAUUAUACUGUCUGUAAAAAGUUAACUAAUACAAGUAUUAGUCAAGCGGGCACACCUGAGAUCUACGAAAAACUUUAUAAAAAAUGUUGGAAACAGGAAGACCAAUUAUUAAAAAAGGUGUUGAAAAAAUUUUUGAAGAUGGGUUUUGGAAAAAAUAUUGACGUUGAAACAACCAAAAAACAUACGAAUAAUAAUUCUGAUCCCGAUUCACAAGUUGAUGAUUCUAUUCAAUUUGUUACCUAUGAUGGAUUAGAUGUUUCUUCAUUUUAA